AAAGGAGGUUUGGCGCAACGCAUGUUUUGAUGGGAAAAUGGAAACGAAUCAAAGAAUUACAGAGUUGUGUCAGCUUCUGAGAGGAGACGAUGCUCCUGUUACUGAAUGGUACAAAAACCUAACAGAAGCAAUACAGGAUAUUGACCCACUUACAGCAUUUGAGUUUGCUGAUAUGAAAGAGAAACAGAGUGUAAACAUGCCAGUACUUCCCCAACUUUUUCAUUUGCUUCGACAGUGUCUGUUGAACCACCGGUGGUCAGAGGCCCUGCAGGUGUUACAGAAUGUUGUCCAUGUACCAAUAGGUUCCUCACAGACAGUUUGGAAGGUAGGAACAGAAUUGCUAAGUAUGGAAGCAGAAGAUAACAGGGAUCUAAUUCAACAGCUUUUCAGCCAGAUGAAAGUUUUGAGUGACUUGGAUGCCAAAGAAGUGGUGAUGGAAUUUGUUGUGUAUUUACUGAAAAUUGGUGAUGAUGCUGAGGCAACUACUGUGAUGCAGGAAGUACGGAAGAGGCACGGUCUGAAGAAAGUUACGAGUGGAGAUAGAGAGAAGUAUAUGGAGAAACUACAUAAAGCAUAUCUUGGUCUACUCUGGUAUUUGGAAUGGAAAAAAUACAAGAAACAAUGUGAUGAACUGAGUAUGCAGCGAAGUGGAUUCCGACAAAGUGACAGUUUAAGCCAGCACUUAAUGCAGUCACAGAAGCAGUCACUAACAAUGCAGAUAAAGAACUUCAGUGACAGAGCCAUAUCUUGCUUCAAGGAAUUGGAAGGAUAUCCAGGAGUCUGGGAUAUAUUUGUUACCAAACAUGCAGAGUUGCUGGUCUGUGAUGGUAAACAGAUGGAUGCUUUCUCCUUGUUGAAGAGCUACUGCGAUAAUAAUGGAGACAGCUUGAAUGCUCACAAAUACUUGUAUGAUUUUUGUCAGAAGCACUUCCCUGAACAUGACGAUAAAAUAUGGAGCCUGAAGAUUGUUGCUCAGUUGUCUCCCUCAGAUGGUUUGGUUCUAGAUCUCUGCUCACAACUCAUAGCAGAUGGUGAUAUUUGUUCUGCAGUGCCACUCUUAUUCAACCUACUGGAUUAUUCAUGUUGGCAAGCCAUUGAACAACCAUGGAGAAUGAUGUCUAAAUGUUUAAAGAAAAUUUACAAGCAGAGAUCUGAAAGUGAAAUGUUGGUGAUACAAGACUGCUGGACAGUGAGGGAGAGUUGGUGGUCAGCUUACCAUUUCACCAGAUAUACUGCUGAAAAUUGUAGAAGUGAAAAAUCUUUGAUGCUCCAUAAAGCUGUUGUUGCUAGUCUGCUGUGUGGAAAAGAUAAUGAGUUCGUUGUAGAGGCAAUGAAAUACCUGACUGAGGAAGAGAAGAAGGUGUUACCAUGACAACAUUAAAAUUGAUGCUAGAAAUGGAUAUUGCCCAUAAUGAAGAAGGUCAGGAUGCUUCCAAAGCAAGUGCAUAGUUCAUUGAUCAGAACAUGAUGUGCAUAAGUCCACAAGAUCCUCAGUUCACAUUACAAGUUGAAAGGGUCUGUUUACAGUUACCUGCAGCAGAUCUAAUAGUAUUUACGGACAUUUACUGGGCUGUAGGCUGCCUAUAAUUACAUUGAUAUCUAAAAUAUUAGUCGACAGUUUACUAUUUGGCUCACAGGUCAAGUUGUCAGAGGUUAGUCUUGGUCAACAACCAGUGGAUAAGAUGAAAGGGUCAGGUUGAGUUGACAUCUGGAGACUACAUGGUUGCAGAGAAUCUUGGUAAAUGAAUGGAAAAUGUGAAUUGAGUUUUUUGAACUGUACUAUUAGAAUAGUAAUUAUGCUUUUGAUUGAUACAGAAGUUAUAAAACUUGAGUAUUGACACCAGUGUGUGGAUACGUAAAAUCUUGCCAUUGGUCAAUUCCAAUGUUGAAGCAAGUAUGUAGCUGGUCUCAAAUGUUUGUUUUAUAUCCUUUGAGCAUCACGCACAGUACAAGCUGUAUUAACAGUAA